AUCACGUGACUCACCCGGCGGCGCCUCUUGUGCAGCUCUUCUCUCCGAAUCAAAAUGGCGGCGCCGCAUGGCGUAAAACCGAAGGAUUUAAAGUGUGAUUUUACGGACCAUACAGCAGCACAGGCGCACCGGGACUCUCAGGUUGAAUUUGGAAAUCACGAUGUUCCUGUCUUCGAGCUGGAUGUCGGAAGGAUCUCAGAUGCUCUUCACGGAAGCCUGGAUCCGUCUAUUUUAUCCAUCUUUCAGGAGAAGAUGCUGACGGAUAGCGUUGAGAGCGAGGCGUCGCUGUUGUCCGCUCUGACCGAGAUGUUGGAUAGCGUGGACGUCGAGACGCUUUCGCCAUUCGACACGCUGCCGGACACGGAGAUUUUCGCAGCUCAGAAGGGUUCAGACCAUACGCUCAGGAAUCUGCUUCAUUUGAGCCAGACGUCACCGGAUCGGCCCAAAAUCUCUCAAUCACCAGCCGCAAAGUCAGGAAGAGAGGUCGUGAUGUCAGACAGACAGUUGAGACCCCGUCGCCAUUCAGUGACCCAGAUUACACAGCGAGACGAGCGUGAGAAGGAGCGCCGCUCUGUGAGAACCUUCCGGAUCGAAUCCGACCCCAUAUUCCCACAGGACGGACGUGAGUUGCUUGCAGAUUUAGUGAGACACAUGCAUCCGUACUGCGUCAGGACACACCUGGAGAAAGAGACGCGAGUGUCUGCGGAGGAGGAGGAGGAGUUUGUUGAUGUAGAAGGUUACGAGGAACACAUGCUGGACCAAUCAGGACAUGGACCAGACUUGAAGCCAAAAGCAGAACCAAAUGCACAGAAUACCGACAGCCAGGAAGAAAAAGUCACAUCUUUAGGGCGAAACGUUAAGAUGACGCCUAAACGCAGCGCUUUAGUCAAAACCAGCGGUGUGAAGAUGCGGGUGAAGAAAACGGUGACUUUUGCGUUUAAUCUAAUCUCCGUUCACGAGAUUCCACCUGAUGAUGAGGAGAUUUCUGAAUCCACAUCCUGUAAAACUGACAUCACUUCCUCUCAGAAGCCCAAAGCGCUCAGUCUAGACCAGUACCGUCUCCUCAGACAGAACAAACAACCUCCGGAGGAGAAGCGGAUGGACUUUCGAACCAAAUGGCCUUCGCUUCCCAGGGAGCUUCCGCCAAUCCUGCCCAAGCUGGAUCCGAACACACCUUCUGGUGAGAUAUUACCAGCUGUUAAAGUGAAAACCCAGCCGCAGGGAAUCACACGUCCCUCUCGGAAAGACGGCAGGAAGGCUGUAGAGCUUUGCAUCGACCCUCCAAACCCGGUUUUGGUGCCCUUGAAACCCACACGACGCAUAAACGCAACCCAGACCGCCUCAGAACCGCUCGGUUCAGACUCGAAACCAGACGUCUGUGUUUCUUGUGAAGAGGUUCGACUCUCUGAGGUUGUGCCAGUGACAUCUGCUUCCAAACCCAGAACUGGACAGCAGAACCAGACGGCGUGUGACGGAGUAAUUGGUGAGCAGACCGUUCGUCUUGUUGAAAAAGAUAUGGCCAUGUUUAGAGACAAUAACAGAUUUGCUCGUCAAUUAAAAUGCUUUCAAAGCAGGGUCAGUUUUCGUUUACUAAAACCAUACAAAAACAUUGUGUUACUUGAAACGUUGCCAGGGCAACAUUUCUCAUUUCAUAAUAUUUAUGAAACUACAGUAGUAUAUCACGGAAUUGAAGCCGCUGAUCUGACCAGCCUUUUGGAGCAGUUUGAGACUCAAGGACUAACUCCACCCGCCACACCUCCACAUCAGAUCUGGAGGCCCCUGGCGUCUGUCAAAGGGACGAAACAUGAAUCCAUCAAGCCGUCGCCAAGCAAAGCCAUUCAGAUAAUCGAACCCCGCCCACUGCCGCCCAGUAAAACUCACUCAAAACCCUCACUUCCCACCUUCACUCCUGCGAUGAAUCCCGCUCGAGCGUUCCUGGACCACGACUACUGCGGGAUUCAGGGCAGUGAGACAUGUUUCGCGCACACAAACUCGCUGUCUGGUUCGGUGCUGCUGUCUCCUGACAGCUCCCCCUGCAGGAUGGAGGCGUUCGAGGAGGCGGAGUCUCUGAGGGGGCGGGGCUUGCGCUUCUCCUCCCGCUCUCUGAGCCCAUUGGACCGCGGAAGGCUGAAGAGGCGGGCUUAUGAAUGCGGAUACCGGCGCUCCAGUUCCAGGUCAUGCUCCUCGUGUUCUUCAUCAUCUUCAUCAUCAUCUCGUUCCAUGUCUCGUUCGCCACCCAGAACAAGAACUUCGGGUUCGGGUUCGCGCUCUCCUGAGCCGGACUGGAGAUGGACGAGUCGCAGAGAGAAGGAGCUAAACCGCCGACACGAAGAGGCUCGUAAACUCCGCCAGCAGAAAGCCAUCGAGGAGCGGAGGGUGGUGUAUGUGGGAGGAAUCCGUGGAAGCAUGUCGCCGUCGGAUCUCAAAGAUCGAUUCUCGCUGUUCGGGAAGGUGGAGGAUUGCACAGUCCAUCUCAGGAGUCACGGAGACAACUACGGCUUCGUCACGUAUCACAGCACAGACGACGCUUACGCUGCCAUUGAGAGCGGCGGUAAACUGAGGCGCCCAGACGAGCUUCCCUUCGACAUCUGCUUUGGCGGCAGACGACAGUUUUGUAAAUCCAACUAUGCAGAUUUAGAUUCCAGCCGGGAUGCCGCUCCAACAUCCAGGAGCCGAUGCGAGUCGUUCGACUUCGACGCGCUGCUAAAACAGGCUCAGAGAGGACUGAAGAGUUAGCAGCGCAGAAGAUCAGAGACUCCACACCAGAAACCAGCUUAAACGACCAGUUCAGUUCAGUCUACAAUCUAAGCCGGUUCACACUGGUUUAAAGCAAUAUUCUGGGUUAAAUACAAGUUAAGCUCUAUUAAGUAAUAACUAAUAUAAAUGAGAAUCACAGCCGUACAGAUGGUGUCCAGAGCUGCGCUUGAGCUGGAAAAGCUGUUAUUUUUCAACUUCACUAAAACUGACUUUGCUUCGGUUAAAACUUCUGUUGGAGUGCUUGUGCUCAAUACAUUUUGUACAUAAGAAUGGAGCGGCAUUAAAGAUGAAAUUGUCAUUAUGAAAGGAAAUUCAACUCAAUUGAAUGGUUAAUGGUUUGUCUUCUACAGUAUAUAUAUAUAUAUAUAUAUAGCCUGAGUUUUUUGAAGUGAUACCAAAAAAAUAAAAACCCUGUUCUUCAGCUGGAAUGACGAUACUGUACCUGAAUAAAAAUGUUUAUGUAUUAA